CCGCUUGAGAACAGACCUCUUUUCGUUUUCUGAGCAGUUUUUGAUAACACGUUCCGAACCAUUGUACGAUAAGAACGAGCUAUGCGGAACAUAAUUUUCGCCGACAAAAACGGCACAAGUAAAAGCGCGAGGAAGAGACGGGCACUGAUCCUAGACCAAAGCGAAUGGCAACAGUUAGAAAAACCUAUCGCAGAUGGCGAGGAGAGGAGGAGGAGGAUACAGCGGGAAGAGGAAAAUAAAAGAGUACAAGCGGAGGAGCGGAAGAAGAUGCUUGCAAACUAUAAACUUCUUAUUUCGG